AUGGGGAUCCAAGGCUUGCUUCCCUUCCUGAAGUCCUAUGUCAAGAAGAAGCACAUCGAGGAGUUUCAUGGAACAACCAUUGGGGUUGAUGCAAUGUGCUGGAUGCACAAGGGUGCAUAUGCCUGCUCUCGAGAACUCGUCAUAGGCCAAGACACAGACAAAUUUGUUCGAUUCUUCUUGAAGAUGUGCGAGCUCUUGCGAUACUACCGGAUCAAGCCCAUCAUUGUCUUUGACGGGGAGAAGUUACCUGCCAAGGCCAAGGAGGAUCAGAGACGUAACCAAGUCCGUGAAGAAUCACGGCUAAAAGCCUUGGAGCUCAUGCAACGCAAGGAGUCCGGUGAAGCCGUGGAGGAGCGAGAAGUGGCCAGCAAGUGUGAGAUGGCCAUCAAGGUGACCAGCUCGAUGAUUUCCAGGUUGCAAAGUGCAUUGAAGGAGCUGUCCAUUGACUUUCUCGUAGCUCCGUACGAGGCCGAUGCCCAGUUGGCGUACAUGUGUAGACAGGGUUGGAUCACCACUGCCAUUUCUGAAGAUAGCGAUUUAUUGGCCUACGGAUGUCCAUCCACCUUCUUCAAAAUGGACAAAUAUGGGAACGGCGAACACAUCGCUUUGCCCUGCUUGCAAGUGGAUCAUGCAGGCUCGGAGGCUGACAAGCUGGACGCACCCCUCGUCCCCAAGGUGAAAAAGCCGGAGAAAGGCAAGAGGGGGAAGAAGCAAUCGGCGCCAAAGGAAAAAAAGUGA